CUUCGGACCUCCUCCGGCUGUGCCGCAGGGUUUGGGUGACUCUCUGCAGUGUUAGUGUUCGACAUCUGAGGCAGAGUGGGAGGUUUUGUGUGUUUCUAGGGACUGGGAGACGGUGGCACCCGGUGUCAGGUUCUCUUGCUGAAUCUGCUGCCUCACGCCAGUUCCGCCCUGGGAGGUUCUGUCCUCUGGAGCAUUUCUUGUAAUUAGUUUCCAGGAUAUGGCCGGGAGAGGCGCUGCUAGGCCAAACGGUCAAUCACAGGCCAGUAAAAUCUGCCAGUUCAAGCUGGUGCUGCUGGGUGAAUCGGCUGUGGGCAAGUCCAGUCUGGUAUUGCGCUUUGUGAAAGGACAGUUCCAUGAGUUCCAGGAGAGCACAAUCGGUGCUGCUUUUCUCACACAGUCUGUUUGCUUGGAUGACACGACGGUAAAAUUUGAAAUAUGGGAUACUGCGGGACAGGAGCGGUACCACAGUCUGGCACCAAUGUAUUACCGAGGAGCACAAGCUGCGAUAGUGGUGUAUGAUAUCACCAAUCAGGAGACAUUCGCUAGAGCCAAGACAUGGGUUAAGGAGCUGCAGAGACAAGCCAGUCCCAACAUUGUCAUUGCCUUGGCCGGUAACAAGGCCGACCUCACAAACAAACGCAUGGUCGAGUAUGAAGAAGCCCAAGCGUAUGCAGAUGACAACAGUCUGCUGUUUAUGGAAACCUCGGCCAAGACUGCGAUGAAUGUCAAUGACCUGUUCCUUGCUAUAGCCAAGAAAUUGCCAAAAAAUGAGCCUCAGAAUACUGGUGGGGCCAGCGGACGGAACCGAGGAGUAGAUCUUCAUGAGCAGUCACAGCAGAAUAAGAGCCAGUGUUGCAGCAACUAACAGAGGCGCAGGGAUAGAGAAUGAGAA